UUCCUUGUUUUCCAACUUGGAAAGUCGGUGGUUGCUGCAGAUGGUAACCUAAAAAGAACGACGGGGUUAAGUUUAGUUAAUGGGCGAGUAGCUUAUGGUGUUCUCUCGUAGAUGGCAAGACAUAAGUGUCGAUGCACUGCAUUGUUUAUACCGACAGGUCGGAGGGACCUGGUGUAUACAUAUUUGUUUGGUUGCUUGAAAAAUUUAACGGAAAAAGUGAUUUGCAAUGGCCAUAAAAUUAAAUAGCCGAAGUGUACAAAGCGGAAGGAAACAAUCUUCGGUUGUGUCCUCGGAUGAGGAGAAUAUACUUGAAAGCGUUCGUUACGCGUUACAAGGAAAGCGUAUUGUAGACGAUAAAAAAUAUUCGCUUAAAAUCAGAUUGAAACGGUCUACAGAGCAAAGUUUAUAUAAAAUUGAUAAUGAGUCAGAGUGUAACAAUUCUGAACGUAAAAAGCAUGAUGAUGGAGUAUUGAAACAUAAGAAAAAAAAGUCAAUUGUAGAAAGCGAAGAUUCCUGCAGUGAUAGUAAAUCUAAUGAUGAGAACAUUGAAAAAGUAGAUGUAACAAAAUCACAGUGGUCGCAAAAAGACAAAGUAGAAAUGUACUCGAAAAGUAGAGUUAGAAAACCGCCUUUAAGGCUUUCUUCGUAUCAUUGUGGUUCAUUAGAAUUUUUGAAUAAUACAGAAACUCCUCAAGUUAAUUCUCCAUGUCUCAGGAACAGAAAGAACAUUAAUUAUUGUGAAGAAAAAUUGAAUUAUAGUAUUAUGAACUCUUAUGCGCAAGCAGAAAAUAGAAAAUCAAAGCAAAAUAAUAAAGGUAUGAAAACAUCCAUUGUUAAGAAUAGUUCGGAAAAUGAACCUAAGUCAAAUGUUAAGAAUAAUAAACGAAAUCGUCUUCCUUCACUAAAAGAUACAGAGAGUGAUAGUAGCAUGGAUACUAGAGUAACAAAAACAAAAUCAAUGAGAAAGUCCAAUGAGUCUCAAACUAAUGAAAAUAAUAAAUUAAAUGUUUCUGUGGAAGGAAAAGAAAUUACAAGAGAAGAAAGUUUGCCUAGUACACCUAACAGAGUAAAUAAAAACAGAAGAACGACCAAUGAAGCUGUACAGAAAAAUAUUGAGAUUAUUAAUAAAACUCAGAAUGAUAGCGAUGAAGAAAGUUUGGUGGAUUUGUAUAAGCAUAUCAAAAUCUCGUCAACAGUCAAAGAUACCACUCCUGUUAAGGGGAGCAGAAGAAAAAGAAUAAGUUCUGAAAGUAGACUGAAGGAAAGCAAUGACGAGGAAACAUCAUUGGCUAAUAUGUACGAGCAUAUAAAAAUUGUGUCUGGAAAGAAACAUAUUUCAACACCACAGAAAAAAAGGAAUAUAAGAAGAAAUAUCGAGGCACAACUAGAGGGAACUCCAUUGAGUACUCCUAAGUCACGUUCGCUUAAACAUAAUAAUUUAACACCUUCCAUGGGAAGAAGAAACUGUACUUUGGUAAAACCAGCUACACCCCUACAAGAGGCUAGAUCUAGAUUACACGUUAGUGCUGUACCAAAAUCUUUACCCUGCAGAGAAGAAGAGUUCAAUAAUAUUUUCACAUUUCUCAAAGGAAAAUUGGAGGAUAAAACUGGAGGAUGUAUAUAUGUAAGUGGAGUACCUGGAACUGGUAAGACUGCAACUGUAAACGAAACCGUAAGAUGCCUACAGAAGUUGACAAUUAAAGGUCAGUUAGAUGACUUCGAUUAUGUUGCUAUCAAUGGAAUGAAAUUGACUGAUCCAAGGCAGUCGUAUGUACAAAUUUUGAAGCAACUGGAUGGUAAAACUGCCACUUGGGAGCAAGCGUAUCGCAUACUUGAGAAAAGAUUUCAUAGUGUUAACUCUAAGAUGACAUUGCUCCUCGUAGACGAGCUAGACUUUUUAUGCACAAAACGUCAGGACGUCGUGUACAACCUAUUAGACUGGCCAACGAAGAAAACAGCACAACUAAUUGUAGUGACCAUAGCUAAUACCAUGGAUUUACCAGAGAGAGUGUUGAUGGGUCGCGUUACGUCGCGAUUAGGCCUUACACGAUUAACCUUCCAACCAUAUAAUUACAAACAAUUACAAGAAAUCGUAAUGUCCAGGCUCAGAGACUUCAGUGGUUUUAGAAGUGAGGCCAUACAACUCGUCGCAAGAAAAGUUUCUGCUGUAUCCGGAGAUGCCAGACGAGCUUUAGACAUAUGUCGUCGAGCAAUGGAAAUUGCGGAAUCGCGGAACGCAGAAACGAUAUCCCUUCAGGAUGUCACCGAGGCUGUGUCUGAAAUGAUCGCAUCACCGAAAGUUCAAGCCAUAAAGCAUUGCUCGAAAAUGGAGCAGGUGUUCUUGCAAGCGAUCUCUGCAGAGGUCACGCGAACAUCCAUCGAGGAAGUAUACUUUAAAGAUGCAUACACACAGUUUGAGGCAUUGUGUUCUUUUGACGGCAUGAAGAUACCUACUAUAACAGAGACGCUCACCAUUUGUGGAAGGUUGGGUGCCAGUAGAUUACUGAUAUGUGAACACUCGAGGAACGACAUAUAUCAGAAAAUCUUACUGAACGUUUCCACGGAUGAUAUUCAUUACGCGAUUCAAGAACUAGAUCUAAAUUAGAAGUGCCUAGCGUUAUAUAUAUUUUUAGGAGAUACACGUGAAUAUUUUAAUGCACGUUUGCAAGUGUUCUUAACGGUGCCUUACUUGUGAAUCUAUCAUCAAUAUUUUCGUAAAAGGAAUUUUGUGAUAUACACUAUUUA